UGAGAAACAAAUGAAAAAAGGCCCGGGAAACACUUCAGACUCAGCGUGCCCUCACAGAGAAAAAGCGACCAACAAAAAAUGCACUUCACCCGUCGUCAUCACUCCAGGCAUUUUUCACAUUAUCAUCUGCUCAUUGCGCUAUUUUUGAUCUCUUUUCUCUUCCUCCGCUAUAUAUGAUGUCUGGCCAUGUGGUGUAUGCUUGCGCUUGCCUUAAUGUGAAGGUUCAUCUGGCCAGUAAAGAAACCGUAGAACGACACACCGCGGCUCGUCAGGAAGUGUUCGUUCAACUGACCGAACCUCCACUCAAAGGGUGGCAGUUUGCCGUUGGCAUGGGAGGCGUUGUUAUCCAAUAUAAUACACUUGUACGAAGUCGGGCGUUGUCGGACUCAUGGCUCACGAUUUGCUGUCUCAACUGUACCACACGAGAUGUUUAUUCAGUUCAACGACCUUCCGCGCGCUCCGGUUACCCUGCCGAUACGUCUAUUUUAAGUAAACCAGGUGAUCAACUUAUUAUCCAUGACGGCUGUGUGUUUGGACAAGAAAUUGACAACAUCAAAAAGCGCAGCAACUAUUCAAAAACAUUUGGAAUCUUGUUGAAUUCCAAUAUCCCUCCAGUCAAUAUGGAUUCAGCUGACCAGGACCACAUCCCUGGUGAUCUUUUCUCUCAACACAAACAGCUGUGCCAAGUGCUGGAACAGUCACUCGAUAAAUUGGAGCAGGAUACGAAUAUUCGAAUUGAGCAAUUUAAAAAAGAACAGGAACUUCAACUGGAUCGCGCACGUCAAAAGUCAAAGCACGAUCGAAUGGUUCUGUGGCAGAGCAUUUUGGAAGCGUCACGGUCCGUGGAUGAAGAACAGCUUGAGCGACGCGUCAAGGAAACAAAUGAGACACAGAAAGACGGACAUGUUCGAUUCAUCGCCCAGGAGAAAUCCAAAACAUCCAACCUCAAGUCGCAAAUGAGUGCCUCGUCAUCGCCUUUGCGAAGAGCAAGUUUUGCUUUGGAUACAUCAUUUUCGAUGCCUGCUUCCAGUAGUCAGCCCAGAAUGCAAGAGGAGCGAUGGGAUGAACGCAGUGACAAUGAGGACCACAGUGACCAAUCAGACAGCGAUAAUGAAGAAAUGUUCCAUCUAGAUGAAGAAAUCCAGAGCGAUCAAGGCGAUGACCAAGCGAAAAAAGAACAACAGCAGCAGGAUUCAUCGCCUGAUGAACGUUACCUUGCACCCAAAGAUUUUGAUCAACGAAGGCGCUCAUCUUUUAAAUCACCCAGAAAUAGCAAAUACCUACACCAAGAUGAGCCAUUACCAGAGGACGAAGAAGCCAGUUUUGAAGAUGACGCAAAUACGUCGAAUUAUGCUACUUCUGUCCCGAUUGCCAUCAGCUACCCAGAUCAGUUACCAGCCAUGUUUGAGAAGAAUACGGUGAACCCAUCUGAUUACGACCCGACCAGCGUUUAUCAAAAGACGCCACAAUCAGCGCGUUCCAUCAAUCACGGAUUUUCUUUGAUAGGAGAAGAAGGACACUUGGCAUACCCCAGCAUGGACCGACGCCGCAAAUCCAUUGCGGCCAUGAGUCUUAUGCCGUCAGCGCGCUCCUUUAGAAGCGCGGUUGGCGGCAAAUCCCUGGAUACCAAAACACUGAUGACUUGGGAACCGGAAUCGCGUCGUGAAGCGGUUGAGAAACUUCGACGAACUGCGCGUAACAGCCGAACGUUUGAAGAUGACGCGGAUGAUUCGGAAGAUAGGGAUAACGGACCUAUGAUCCCACCCCACAUUCUGGCCGAAAAUACCUUUAAUGACGAAACAGAAGCCUUGUUUGGAGCGGUUCCACGUAGUAGUGCACGCCACAGAGCGAUGGAUUAAACGUUGUUUUAGGUUUUUGUACAUAGCACCUGAAAGAUAUAAAUCAUAUUAUUUAUUUCUUUUUUCAUCCACUCAUGGCAAAUCCUUCGAAGGUCCCCUGAUCAUCGUUCGUACCAUGAGUUUUGAUGUGAUGGUGGCGGAUAUCACGAGGAAAUCCCAGUACGGUCUGUUCCUUGAAACCAAGGAAACCAUCGUCAAAAACCGAGGAGAGCUGGAUUCAUUGUCUUUGUUAUUGUAAAUAAAGCGUCAGGGUUGGGAAUUCUAGUCAAGAUCCAUGAUGUGAAUAUACAGAAGUAACAAGGGGUUCAAAAACAUUGCCGAAC